AUGAGCGAAAGUGGAGGUGCCGAGAAGGCCACAAACAUAAAUGCACACAGAAGCCAGCUGCCCACUUCGAGAAGUGAAUCUUCCAGACAUAACUCACAAGGUCAAGAGCUGGGCAACCUUGCUUCGCAGAAUGAGGUGCAAAGAAUCCAUAGCAGUUCUCCUGAUCGAUUUGACGCACGAUUUCCAAGAUUUCAGCAGCCAGCAACAGCGCCGGUUACAAUCCCUGGUUCUCAAGAGGCUACAAGGCUCUUAUCUCGAGAGUCUGCUCAGCUGAACCCGUCAACAUCCCCACCACCCAGGCAAUUUGGGAACUCCGCCGCCAACCCUUCCCUUUCCAGCACUCGUCCGCGACUCGGCAGUGCACAUCUUAGCCCAAGCCCAGAUCCGUCACGAUCUUGGAGAGGGGUUUCUCUUGAUCCGACAAAGAGAUCAGUUGCCAUCGCAUCAGCAUCUGGUCGGAACUCCGAUACUGCUUCACGCAGAUUUACCUUUGCAGGUCCGACGCUGGAGAACGCUUUGGCUGCCAACCAACCUUACGUCGAGCCGGGAUAUGCACAACUGAAUCCUGCCUACGAUCAGCCCGCAAACUCCCGCCCCAUCUGGGGCUUAGGGAAACCUCUUCCGCAUAUCCUAAGGUCCGGGAUGGUGCCGUCAAAUGAGGAACUCCAAGAAAUGCAACAGAGGAGGGACGGUAUCAGUCAAGCUGCGUUCUCUGAGGGUGUUGCAUCAGCAAGAAUAGAUCCUACGCUUCGGACCCACAUAAUACAUCCACAGCUGGAUAACAUCCGACGCGACAGAGAGAUCCGUUUGUUUGAAAGCUAUCGACGGCAGUACGAGCCGUCAGCGGCCUUCUCACCCUUAUCAAGAACGACGAAAAGCUCGAGUGCAACAUUAGAAGGGCCAAACCAUCCUCAUCGUGCUGGAGAGACGAUUUUUGAAGAAGAUGAGGAGCAGCCCCAACCACAGCGCCAGCCCUCAGAGCUCGAUCUACCCCAGCUCAGGGAAGCAAUGGCAAACGUCAAUCAAGCCAGGGAAGAGGGAUAUCUUGAAAACGCAUACCAAGGCGCAGUCCCCUUGUUUUCGUACAAACCGGGACUUCGGGAGAUUCAGAAUUUCCACACAGGGUGGUCGGUCUGGCGGUAUCGGUUUCGAGAGCCUCUCGCGGAGCUGUUAGGGAUCACCAUUCAGUAUAUUCUUGGCUUCAGUGCAAACUUGUCAAUAACAGUGUCUAGAGGGACCGCUAGUGUGAGUUACUCUGCUGAUUGGGCUUGGGGUCUGGCAACAAUGAUUGCUAUAUACAUAGCCGCCGGCGCCUCGGGAGGCCAUUUCAACCCUGCAAUAUCGAUUAUGUUGUGCAUCUUUCGAGGUUUUCCACUUCGACAAGUGUCAUCCUUUAUCAUAGCACACAUUUCAGGUGCAUUCCUCGCUACCAUGAUAACCUUCAAACUGUUCCAGCCUGGUCUGGACGCCUUAGUUAAGGCAGAAGGUCUAGACCCUCAAAGCGAAGACUCCAAAAGCCUAGAAAGAACCCUUACACUGCAAAAUUUCAUCACAUAUCCUCGAGCGCCAUGGGUGACAACAGGACGGGCGUUUUGCACGGAAUUAUUAGGUGCAACAAUUCUCACUGUGUCUGUCCUUGCAUUGGGAGAUGAUCGAAAUUCACCUCCAGGUGCGGGGAUGUUGGCAUUUAUCAUUGGACUUCUUGUGGCCCUUCUCGGCCAGGUGUUGGGACAUAACACAGGCUUGGCCUUAAACCCAGCUAGAGAUUUUGGGCCACGCGUCGCGAUGAAAAUCCUAGGUUAUUCGAGUCCAUCCCACUCACUAUUCGAAGACAUGUACUGGCUCAAAGUCGCAAUUGCAGGACCAGUGUGUGGCGCUCUGUUCGGCGCCUUUAUCUACGAUGCUUUAGUUUUUGUCGGAGGAGAGUCUCCCGUAAACUAUCCGAGGGCUCGCUAG